UGUUGGCUGGUCACACAGUGCAGAUAUCCUCAAUGUAGUAGUUCUUGUCAGACCUUGUCAGUCCUUGUCAGGGUACAUUCCACACCUGGCCACAGUCUCGAGUAACAUUCACAAUGGACUUAUAUUUAGGAUGGUGUUUCAUGUUGGCAGCUUUCAGUGUCGAAUCUGUACUUCCGACUUCAACUACAGAGUUGUCUACAACAGAAGCAGCAACUGCCUCGACGCCAGACCUUGUCCCAGGUAAGGUCAACAAUUUGAAGACCACACUGACGACAUCCUCGUCUCUUGGUCUGUCGUGGACGGCAUCAACAAGUGAUGUCCCAUUCACCCAGUACAUCGUCUUCACAAGCAAGGGAGGCGAAUGUUUACGUGCAGUCUACAUCCUCUGUCCUCCAAACGAUAUGAUAUAUGCAGCUGCCACCUGCAAUUCCCUUAGCGCGGGCACGCCUGCAACAUAUGAUGAAUGCCAUGGUGACAUGUCUUACAACCUGACUGACCUGGACUCGAACACAGACUACGUUGUUAGUGUCGCUGCUGCAGCAAUUUUCACAGUUGGGGAAACCUCAACACUCAAAGAGAAGACUAAUAUUGGAAUUCCAGCACCGCCGACCAACAUCCGGGGAACUGCUCAGAACAAGUCCGCCAUCUUAGUUGAAUGGGAUAUUCCUUCCCACAAUGCCGGACCUAUGUGGUACAACCUUGUGGUUCUUAUUGAAUUGGACAGGACGUCUGGUGGAUUCAUCGCAGAUCGUUACUACAACGUUGAAGGCCAGAAUAGCAGUUCCUGCGAGGUGACGGACUUGUUGAGUUCCUGGAGGUACAGCUUCGCCAUCACAGUCAGCACCAGUGCUGGAACCUCAAACAUGGCAACAUCCAAAGCUGAUGUCAGAACGCUGCCUUCUACUCCCGGUGCAGUGCAGAAUAUCUGCUUAAAGUUUGUUCAUAGUGUGUACCUGGCCGUCAGACUCACCUGGGAAUGUCCCCCUGAGAGGAUGAGGAAUGGACGCAUCAGAAGCUACACAAUCUCCUACACAGGCAAUAUAUCCAUGACGUUGACGGCUGGGAGUUACUACCCUGAGGAUCCGUGCACCGACCCCCAUAUGGUGUAUCUGCCUGUAAUCCCAGAUGGGGAGUACACUGUCGAGGUAUGGGCAAAUGCUGAAUUUCAAGGAAUCAAAUCAGCAAUGAAUUUUGUAGCAGACCGAGAUAAAAUGUUCUACGAUUUACCAUCGUUUUCCAACACAACCGUGUCGACACCAGAUCCCCACAGCUUAAUAGUUGUAUCAGCCACAUGUGGUUCCAUAAUAGCCAUCCUCUUUGUCGCUGUUAUUGCUCUUGCUCUGACAAGAUCACGAGCUGUUUCACCUCAACAACGACUGUAUUUCGUUCAUUAGGUUGACUGAUCACCAGGGUGAACAAAAUCUGGAACGAAUGGAGAACGAAGAGACAGUUCAUUUGCAGAACAAAUAGUGUCAACAAUACUGCAUUUGUCCUUAUUGAAUAUUGAGUUCACUGACAGUGCGGAUCCAAAAAUUCCCACCAUCGUUUGAAAAUUACAAAAUGUAAUUGUGGACACCAAAGACCCUAAUACCUUCGUUCAAUUGAAAUACUCGUGCAAAUUGUCAGGUGACAACCAAAAAUGAAGUACAUGAACCUUCAAAUGAACAAUCCUGGAUCCGCCUCUGAUUGAACUGUGCUUAUGAAGAUACCUACGUACCAUAGGUGAUUCCAGCACACCUGCUGUUCUGUGAUAGUCUUGUAAUCAAAGAAUGAUACAGACACAUUCAUGUUUGAUGACAGAAAAUACAUACGUCUUCACUGCUUUGAUUUUGAAUGGAAGUUUUAUUAUUUUGGAACGAUUGUACCUAAAAUACCUCAACGUACUUACCCAGAAAAUCAAAGAGAGCAAAUCAUUAGCAUGCACCAAAUAGGCAUGUCAAGUCGGGCUAUUGCCACAGUGCUGAACGUUAAUCAUACUGUCAUCAGUCGACUCUGUAGAAAUCACACAUGGACUGGACAUGUGAGGAACUUGCCGAGAUCAGGACGUCCACGGACGACCAGUGCCACACAGGACAGGCAAAAACGGCUGCCAACUUCAAAUUGAACUGUUCUUCGUUAUCACUGGCACAUCCACAACAGAGCGUCUCUUAGCACCAUCAGGCGUCGACUGAAUGAAACAUAAUUAGGGGCCAGAAGACCAAUAAGACGUCCAAUCCUCACACCCAACACAUGCGGAACCGUUGUCUGGUGUCCCGCUCGAGCACAGGUCAUGGAGGAACUUGAGGUCAUGGAGGAGGGUUCAUUGAUCUGACGAGAGUCGGUUUUUCAUUUUACCACACCAAUGGAAUGACUCUUAUCAUAAGUGCAACAUCCAGGAAACAAUGGCAUGUGGUUGCGGCUCGGUGAUUGAUAUGCUGCUCCUUUGAUUGUAAACUUGAUUUGGUCUCAGUUCAGGGGACAUUAAAUGGACAAAGGUACAAAGAUGUUAUAUCUGAUCGUUUUAUUGUGCCUCAUUCUGAUAACCAUGCACUUGCCACACGUCCUGUCUUCAUGGACGACAGGGUCAGACCCCCCUGAGCAUGAGCUGUGAUUGACCGUCGCCAGAACAACGCAAUUGAGAACUCUGAAUCCAAUCGAUCAUAUAUGGGAUCAUUUGGGAAGAAUUGACCCAGGCAUUGCAUCAGGAAUGGCAACACAUCCCUCAGUUGUGGAUCAGGCACCUGAUUUUGAGCACGAGGAGACGUCCUUCGGAUGUGAUCCGUGUAUUGGUUUGCUACACCACAUAUUGACUUGCACUGUUGGUAAUUUAACUGUGACACAGGUACAACGUUACUAAGAAACGUACAUGUACGUGUUGAUCUGUCCAUCUCAUUCCUGACACUUACGCAACUUAUGCUUCCUCUAUUGUAUCCCCAGUUAGAUUCCUUGUAGUAGUUGUCGAAUAAAGUUGCUUCUUUUUUUUA